AUGAGAACUGCGGGAGACCUGGAUGAAGUCAGUCUUGUGUGCAAGAGCCGACUCGCCUGGCUCACCGACACGAGCAAAACUGCUGCUGCUACUGCUGCUGCUACUGCUGCUGCUGCUACUGCUGCUGCUGCUUCUGCUGCUACUGCUGCUGUUACUGCUGCUGCUACCGCUGCUGCUGCCGCUGCUACUGCUGCUGCUACUGCUGCUGCUGCUACUGCUGCUACUGCUGUUGCUGCUACUACUGCUGCUGCUGCUGCUGCUACUGCUGCUGCUGCUACUGCUGCUGCUACUGCUGCUGCUACUGCUGCUACUGCUGCUUCUGCUGCUACUGCUGCUGCUACUGCUGGUACUGCUGCUACUGCUGCUGCUACUGCUGCUGCUGCUACUGUUGCUGCUGCUACUGCUGCUGCUGCUACUGCUGCUGCUGCUUCUGCUGCUACUGCUGCUGUUACUGCUGCUGCUACCGCUGCUGCUGCCGCUGCUACUGCUGCUGCUACUGCUGCUGCUGCUACUGCUGCUACUGCUGUUGCUGCU